CACUCACUCACUCCACACUUCAAAACCCUUUUCUUCAUUUUCUUCCACUUUAAUUUAAUUUUUAUAAUUAUUAUAAAAAAUAUAUAAUAAUGCUUCUCAGAGUUCCACCCACUGUUUCUCUCUUGACCGGAGCUACAACCGCCGAUGAGAAGCUGAACCGGCCGUCGUUCUCGCCGGUUUCUUACACUCCGACGCCGUCGCCGGUGGUAUGUACGGCGGUGAAAGGUGGGUCAUCUAACCACCGGCCGCUUUCUGGGGUUGUUUUUGAACCAUUUGAAGAAGUGAAAAAAGAGCUUAAUCUUGUUCCUUCAGCUCCUCAACAUUCUCUUGCUAGACAAAAAUAUGCUGAUGAUUCUGAAGCUUCCAUUAAUGAACAAAUUAAUGUUGAGUACAAUGUUUCAUAUGUGUACCAUGCUAUGUAUGCAUAUUUCGACAGGGACAAUGUUGCUCUCAAGGGCUUAGCCAAGUUCUUUAAGGAGUCAAGUGAAGAAGAAAGGGAGCAUGCUGAGAAGUUCAUGGAGUAUCAGAACAAACGAGGUGGGAAGGUGAAGUUGCAAUCUAUUAUCAUGCCAUUGUCUGAAUUUGAUCAUGAAGAGAAGGGAGAUGCAUUGUAUGCUAUGGAGCUUGCAUUGUCGUUGGAGAAGUUGACAAAUGAGAAACUGUUGAACCUUCAUGAGGUAGCCAACAGGAACAAUGAUGUGCACUUAGCUGAUUUUGUAGAAAGCGAGUUUCUUGGUGAACAGGUUGAAGCCAUCAAGAAGAUAUCUGAGUAUGUUGCUCAGCUAAGAAGAGUUGGCAAAGGACAUGGUGUCUGGCACUUCAAUCAGAUGCUCUUGAAUUAAGGUGGUGGUGCUUGAUGGAGGAAUCUGUGAUGUAGCUUCUACUGUUACUGUCCUUUCUGGAAGAUGUGUUCUAGUUUAAUAGGAAUAGAGAUAGUGUGUUUCUAAUAACUCUUUUGUGACUUAUUAUGCUAGUCGUCUGCUAUCUAUUUAUUACCUACUAUAUGAGGGAUGCAAAAACUUGUCGGCUUACAUUGUGCCUUUGUUUUUCAUAUUAUGAAAUAGGCCCGGGACUCAUUUUCUGGUGUUUA